GCCAAUGGAAGCGCAAUACGCUCAGUCCAAGUUGCACUUUUAUUAGUCUACGCGUUUGGUUGAACGGAGAGUGACACCGUUCGCCUCACCUUAAUAGCCAUCAUUGUCCAAAUCUAACUGAGGGUACAGCCUGUCGCUUCAAUGCCUUCAGAUAUUCGGAGUUUCUUUGGUGGAGGCGGCGGAGGUGCAAAGCCCGUGGCCAAAGGCGCCGGCGCAGAGUCCGGCAAGAAAGAUACGUCGUCAAAGCAAGCACCUAGGCAACGGGGCCGGCCUCGCAAAGUCGUCUCCGAUGAUGAUGAGGAUGAGGAGGCAAUUGUCCAGACUCAAUCCAAGAAAUCAUCAACCUCUGGAAAGAAGAAAGUGGUGAAGGCACCGGCCGAGGAGGAGAUAACGAGCUCAGCCUACUUUGCUUCGUCAAGACCCGACCGUACCAAGUCCACACCCACCAAAUCUAAAACUUCCAAUGUGAACGGAACAGUUCGGACUCCCUCGAAAACCACGAAUGGAGAGACCCCUCCAACUAGUCGAAGAUCAAGCAGGAGAACUACAGCCAAAAACUAUGCGGAGGACGACGCGGAAAAGCCGGCCACUGUGAUAGAUGAUGACCAGGCGGGUGACGACGACAUUUUCAACGACUUCAAGAGUCGGAAGGUUGACGACGAUUAUGAGGAAGCCUCUGAUGAAGAUAACCUGAUCCCACCCAAGCGAAAGGGCAACAAUACUAACCAGCAUUCUCGCAAACCCAAGCCGCAGGAUGACGAGGACGAUGAUGUGGAAGUUGCACCGAUAACUGCGUACGACGAUCCUGGCGAUCGGAAAAAUAACGCCACUGCAGCACCGUCUAGCCGCAAGCGAAAGUCCAAAGAACUUGAGGAGGGUGAGGACGAUGAUUUUCUGGACGAUGACGACGACACUACUCCCAAACGAAAGUCGAGAAAGACAGCAACCACAACAUCUAAGCAGCCCCGUGCCUCCGGAAAGAAGGAGGUACGCGAGGAAAGCAAGGAAAUCCAAGAUAUCCUGGCCAACAUCCCCUCUGUCCGAGCUCCAACUCCUCCGCCUCGAGAUGAGAAUAAAAAGUAUACUUUCAAGCCUGGGGGCGGGAAUGCCAAUGUUGCACCGCCAGCAGGCACAGCAGAGAUCCCGGUGGGCGCUGAAAAUUGUCUCGCCGGACUGACUUUCGUCUUCACGGGCGUGUUAAAUAGUCUUGGCCGAGAAGAGGGGCAGAAUCUCGUGAAGCAAUAUGGUGGAAAGGUCACUGGCGCUCCGUCUAGGAAGACCAACUACGUUGUGCUAGGUCAAGAUGCUGGACCAAAGAAACUGGAAACCAUACAAAAACUGGGAAUCAAGACCAUCGAUGAGAAUGGCCUGUUUGAACUGAUCAAGCGUCUUCCUGCAAAUGGUGGGGACGGCAAGGCUGCUGAAGCCUACGCCGAAAAGCAAGCCAAGGAAGAAGCCAAGAUUCGGAAGGAGGCCGAGGAAAUGGAGCGACGCGAGAAAGAGAGACAGCAGGAGGCGGCUAGAGCUGCAAAAGCUGCUGCUUCUCGGACUGGCGCACCUGUCUCUUCAGCCAAACCCCAGAAACCCAAAAGUGAUGACCGACUUUGGGUUGACAAAUACGCUCCUGACUCUAUCUCCAGCGUCUGCGGCAACAAAUCUGCUGUCGAAGGCCUACAAAGAUGGCUUCGGAACUGGCCAAAUAGUGCGAAGUCCAACUUCAAGCGGGCCGGUCCUGAUGGGAAGGGCAUCUUCCGCGCCGCAUUACUUCACGGUCCACCCGGUGUUGGAAAGACAACUGCCGCUCACCUGGUGGCAAAGCUUGAAGGUUAUGACAUUGUGGAGAGCAAUGCAAGCGACACAAGAAACAAGAAGCUGCUGGAGCAAAGCCUGGUCGGGGUUCUGGACACGACAUCUCUGUUAGGCUAUUUUGCCGGUGACGGCAAGAAGGUUGACCCAUCAAAGAGGAAACUUGUCUUGAUCAUGGAUGAAGUCGACGGCAUGUCAGCAGGUGAUCGUGGCGGUGUGGGCGCAUUGGCUGCCGUUGCUAAAAAGACAAACAUCCCCAUGAUCUUGAUUUGCAACGAACGCAAUCUGCCAAAGAUGAGGCCAUUUUAUCAGGUCACUGCCGAGUUUCAGUUCCGUCGACCCACGACCGACAUGAUCCGUGGCCGGGUUGCCACAAUAUUGUUCCGUGAAGGCAUGAGACUCCCGCCCCCGAUCAUGAAUGCUCUGAUCGAAGGAUGCAACGGAGACAUUCGUCAAAUCAUCAACAUGAUCUCGACAAUCAAGCUGGACAACAAGGAGCUUGAUUUCAACGACACCAAGGCAUUGUCUAAGGCCUGGGAGAAGCAUGUUAUCCUCAAGCCAUGGGAUAUUGUCGGCAAAAUCCUGCGACCGCAAAUGUUUGCGGCCAGCUCGAAGGCCACCUUGAAUGACAAGACCGAGUUAUACUUCAACGACCACGAAUUCAGCUAUUUGAUGCUCCAGGAGAACUACCUCAAAACCCAACCUAGUCUUGCGUCAUCCUACCACGGCAAGGAAAGAGACGUGAAAUUGUUGGAGCUCUUUGACAACGCAGCGUCUAGUAUCAGUGAUGGUGACCUGGUCGAUAGGAUGAUCCAUGGUUCACAACAACAGUGGAGUUUGAUGCCGGUGCAUGCAAUCUUCAGCUUUGUGCGCCCAGCCAGUUAUGUUUAUGGCAAUUUCACCGCCCAAGUUGGCUUUGCCGGGUGGCUGGGGCAGAAUAGCAAACAAGGCAAACUUUCUCGCUUCCUCAAAGAAAUCCAGGGCCACAUGCGUCUUCGAGCGAAUGCCGACCGCCACGAAGUUCGCCAACAAUACCUCCCUGCGCUUUGGGAUAAGACCAUCGGCACAUUGCAAGGAGAGGGCAAGGAAGCGGUUCAAGACGUGAUUGAUUUCAUGGACUCAUACUAUUUGACCAAAGAUGACUUUGACGCAAUGCUCGAGCUGGGCGUGGGACCCAAGGACAUGGAGAAAGUCAAGAUAGACGCAACGACCAAGUCGGCUUUCACCCGCACGUACAACGCCCAGAGUCACCCGAUGCCGUUUGUCAAGGCGAGUAACGUCCUGGGUUUUGCCAAGGGCGGCGCUGCCAAGAAGGAGAAACCAGAUCUUGAAGAGGCCGUUGAUGACUCCGAACCAGACGAGAUCCUUGGACCCGACGUUGAACCUGCGGAAGAGGACGAGGAUGAGGAACUGGAUCUGAAGAAGGACAAGUAUAUCAAGGCGCCGAAGAAGAAGUCCACGACCGCCGCGGCCGGCGGAGCCAAGGGCAAAGGAAAGCGAAAGAAAGCAGGGCAAGAUGACGGUGACGCUGGCGAUGGUGAUGGUGAUGGCGACAGUGCAGAAGAGCCCAAGAAGAAGAGAGCCACAGGUGGUGCUGGGAGAGGUGGACGGAAGGGUAAAGGCAAAGCCUGAGUGUGUGGUUUCUGCAUAUCGAUGGAGGCCUUGCAACGCAAGUCUCCCGGGUCAUGGCUCUGUACUGCAUCCAACAAAAUAACAGCAAUACUAUGGUACAUUCUUCCGCUCAGCGGUUGUGGCAGGCGAAAAAUAGAGAAGCCUAUAACGUGAAGAAGCAGUUGUAGCAG